UGGCAGCAGAACACGAAACGAGUUGUCUCCUCGUCACUUCCGGUCCCAAACUUCCGAACCCGGAAGUGAGACUUGAGACAAGUGAGUGUCCACAGUCCGCCAUGCGCAGAAUUAAAGUGAUUUCGGGACAUUUAUGUGCGCCCGUCCCGGGACACCACUUGCACCACGUCAGCUGCAACGAGUGCGCGGCGGCCCCCUGUCCUGACGACGUGGUGGUCGUUCACGGCCGCAGGAGCGCCAUCGCUAAAGCCAAGCGCGGAGCUUUGAAGGACACCACACCUGACGAGCUGUUGAGUGCUGUGAUGAGCGCCGUGCUGGACGACAUCAACCUGUCGCCUCAGCUGCUGGGUGACGUGUGUGUGGGAAACGUGCUCCAGCCCGGCGCCGGCGCCCUGAUGGCCCGCGUGGCUCACUUCCUCAGUGACUUCCCUGAGUCGGUGCCAGUUUACACCGUCAACCGCCAGUGUUCAUCUGGCCUGCAGGCGCUGCUCAACAUCGCAGGCGCCAUCAGGAGUGGUUCCAUUGAUUUGGGUCUUGCCUGCGGCGUGGAGAGCAUGUCACUGCGCUCCAUGGGAGAUCCAGGAGAUCUGAGCUCCAGGCUGAUGGACAAAGACAAGGCCAGAGAUUGCAUCAUCCCCAUGGGCAUGACGUCGGAGAACGUGGCAGAGAGGAUGGGCGUGUCCAGAGAGAAGCAGGACAUCUUCGCCAUGAUGUCUCACCAAAAAGCGACGCGGGCGCAGCAGUCGGGCGUGUUCGAGCGUGAGAUCGUUCCCGUAGUCACCAGGCUGCUGGACCAGGACGGCACGGAGCGGCGGGUGACGGUGGCCAAGGACGAGGGCAUCCGAGCGGGCACCACGCUGGCAGCUCUCAGCAGACUGACGCCCGCCUUCAAGGUCGGCGGCAGCACCACGGCCGGCAACUCCAGCCAGGUGAGCGACGGCGCCGCCGCCGUGCUGCUGGGCCGCAGGUCCACGGUGGAGAACCUGGGUCUGCCGGUCCUGGGAGUCCUGAGGGCCAGCGCCGUGGUGGGGGUCCCUCCUGACAUGAUGGGCGUCGGCCCAGCGGUCGCCAUCCCCGCGGCCCUCAAAAAGGCGGGACUCAAGAUGGCCGACAUCGACGUGUUUGAGAUCAACGAGGCCUUCGCCAGCCAGGCCGUGUACUGCAUGGAGAAGUUGGCCAUCCCGCCCGAGAAGGUCAACCCAAAUGGCGGCGCCAUCGCUCUGGGUCAUCCGCUGGGCUGCACCGGCGCCCGGCAGGUGGUGACGUUGCUGCACGAGCUGCGGCGCCGCGGGCCAAGGGCCCUCGGCGUGGUGUCCAUGUGCAUCGGCACCGGGAUGGGAGCGGCUGCCGUCUUUGAAUACCCGGGCCACUGAAGAACCACAUCCUGUAAGGACGAAGACUUCCUGUCUGACCAUUUGGACCAGAACAUUUCUAAAAGACGCC